ACUAUAAAUAAUCUCAAUGAAUACUCUUCGAUAUGGGUCAUUGUAGGGUAAAUUAAGGAUUUUUUUAAACUUCAAUUUCCAUUGAAUAUUUUAACUAUACAUUCAAAAUAUUGUGUAUUUUUCCUAAAGGGUUUUCAGAUUUUUAUAACGUUUACGAUUAAUUUCUUCAUUCAAUUAAUUUCUAAUAAUAAGGACCACUGAAAAAACAAUAAAUAACAAAAACAUUUUUAUAAUGUUUGUUUUUCUAGACCAAGACCAAUAAUUGCUGUACGGCAAUUAGUGAAGUAUCAAAUGGUAACAGAUAAGGCACUAGUAUUUAAUAAUUAUUAGAAUGUUCAAUGAUAUGAAUUCACUUUUGAAUAUUGACUUUGGAAACAAAUGAAUUAUGAGUGACUUGCAGAAUGUAUAUGAAGGGGGCAAAGAGGAUAACCUACAUGAUGGUCUAUUCAAUCAUCACCUGUCUCAGAACUAUGCACGUCCCAAAUACAAAGACUGAUCAUUGGUCAAGUGAUGAGGAUACAAGUGUACAUUGAUAAUGUGUGGGCUGAACCGUUACCUGAUACAACUAGUAAUUUUAGACAUUGUACCUCUGUUUUCUAUCGACUUCUCCAUAUUGGAUCCAAAAAAUUUUCAAGAUACAGAUCAAACUAUAUCACACAAAGCAUUUAAAAGAUUAAGUGAUCUCAUAAUGCGUUUUGAUUCAGAUGCUACAGCUAAUAGUUUAAGUCAAGUAGCGUCCGAGAGAAGCUUUUCCAAAUUAAAAACAAUUAAAACAAGACUUCGAAAUUCACUAAGCCAAGAUAAUUUGGAAGCAUGUAUGAUGAUGUCUGUAGAAAAAGAUAUGUUGAUGAAAGCAAACAACGGAGAGGUAAAAAAUGUACUUGGUUCAUCAAAUGUGACCAUGUAAAAACUUUUAUUGCUUUAAUCUUAUUAUUAUGUUUUUAUCAUUUAAACUAA